AGAGCAGUAAAACGUAACCAACAGAUUCGACAUCCGCGAUGCUGCUGUCACUUGGAGAUCUUGUUGUAGGGGGAUCUACCAUUGAUGUCAAUCAUGAACAACGAGUCGAGAUUCUAGAAGGAAAGAAGGACGACCUGGAGAGGCGCAACGAUCCGAAUCCGGGAUCGAUCCAUGCUGUUUUGUGGCUCUCCCGCUCUGGAGUGGGUUUUCUGCCCCGUCACUACCGUCACUAACUACUCGAUGAUGUCCGAUGAUGUCGAUGACCCUCGCUCUCUCAUCAGUCUCUCACUUCCCCGUAUUCUGCUUCUUGGUUCCGCCCCGAAAGCAACCGUCCAUGAUGCAACGAGUUUGAGUCUGGUACAGUACCCUGUUACUGUACCUCUGGUUCGUUACGAGAAAGAGCCCAGUACCCACCACCACCACCACCCCGUCCCCAUCGAAUCCACUCUUCAUGCCAACAGGCAACAAUAGUCAAGGGCUCGGCAUCGUUACCUACGGAGUAUUAGAUUUGCUAGGAUCAAACAUGCCCCUCUCCCUUCUUCUGUGGUGCAUGCAGACGAACGAAAGGGGGGAGGGGAGGGGAGGAGCGUGAGCAAAACGAAUACGAGGGAAACCCCCCAAGGAUCAUCUCCCGUAGAACCACGUUUUGAUGAUCCGACGCAUUGUAUAGUACAAUCUCCCGUAGGUAAGGCGCAGCAGCAGCAGCAGCAGCAACAACAUCGGCUCCGUUAAUUUUGAUCGAACAUACCGGUCCGAAAUUUGCUCCAGUGUAAGCCCCAGCUCAUCUAGUGUAAAUGUAGUACGGAGUAGGUUGUUGGGG